AUGGAGAGUGUGAUCUCAGAAGUCGACAGUGGGUUUUUGAAGGAGAACGGGAGCUGGGCGGACGCGCUAGCAGCGGUUUCGUGGGAGGACAUCGGGACGCUCGAGCGGGCGGUGUACGAGACAGAGCAAGUGAUGCAGAAGUACGAACGGCCGAAUGAGCGGGUGCGCGGUGCACUGUACGGGGUGUUCGAGGAGGUUCUGGGGCGGUACCCGCUGCUGUUUGGGUACUGGCGCAAGUAUGCGGGGAUGGUGGAACGGGCGGAGGACGCGGGGCGGGCGACGGAGACGCUACUGCGGGGCGUGGGGGCGUUUCCGGCGUCGCUGGAGCUGUGGACAGACUACCUGCGGGGGGCGGGGACUGGGCCGGAGGCGCGGGGUCUGUACGAGACGGCGGCAGCGCAGGUGGGGCGGCAGUUUCUGGCGCACGAGUUCUGGGACCAGUACUUGGCGUUCGAGACGGGGCAAGGCGCAUGGGAGCAGGUGGCGGCGCUGUACGCGCGGGUGGCGCGGGUGCCGCUGCACCAGUACGCACGGUACUACUCUGGGUUUCAGGAGUUUGCGGCGGCGCACGCGGAGGCGGUGCCCGAGGGCUGUGUCGCGGAGGUGGACGCGGCGUUCGCGCAGACGCAGCAGCUGGUGUACGACAUAUGGCGGUAUGAGUCGCGGAUCAGCCAGAGCUUCUUCAAUGUCACGGACGUGGCGGAGGCGGAGCUGCAGAACUGGCGUGAGUACCUGGCGUUUGCUGUGAGCGAUGCGCGGAUGGAGCCGGCGCAGGUGCGCGCGACGUUCGAGCGCGCGCUGGUUCCUUGCUACCGGUACCGGUACUUCUGGGACGCGUACAUUACGUGGCUGGAGGGGCAGGGGGCGCAUGACGAGCUCGCCGCGGUGUUCCAGCGGGGGAUGCGGGCGCUGCCGGCUGACGUCCCGUUUGAGCGCCGGUAUCUGGACUACCUGCGUGUCAGGACCCUGCAAGACUGCGCACAGUUCCGCGACGCCUACCGCGACGCGCUGGCUGCCGCGGUGCAGCGCGCGCCCGAGGAUGGCGCGCUGCUGAACGACUAUCUGAACCUUGUGAAGACGACGGAGUAUCCCACGACACUCGACCAGCCCGAGGCGGAGGUGCUGGAACAGCAGCAGGCGUAUGCGAAGUUCCUGGAGGGGACUGUCGCAACGUACAUGGAAGGUGAGGAUAGCCGUGGCUCGUCACAGCUCCUGUCCCUGCUAGAUGAUCGCAACAUCAGCGUCGUCGUGGUGCAGCUGAUCAAGACGACGUGGCUGGUGCUCCGCAAUAACAUGCAGGCAAUCAAGUACUUUAAUCAGUUUGGGAAGCUGCCGCAGUUGAAGUCAUCGACUGCCUUUUGGCUGCUGUACUACAAGUUUGAAAAGUCGCAUAGGAACUUCACGAAGCUGAACAAGUUCGUCGGGCAGCUGGGCACUGAGAUAUUCCUACCGACCGAGGUUAUAAACGACAUACUGGAGGACUACCAGGGUUUCUAUCUUGCGAAUAGCGACGUCAACGAAUAUGAGCGGCGGCUGGCCUCCGGUCCGCUACAAUUCGACCCGUUGGUCGACUGUGUGUUCAAGGUCAACGACCCGCAAUGGUCGCCGCGAAACCUCGAUUAUCGGGACUGGUAUAAGAGCACAGAGUACCGCGAAAACGGUCAUCCGGGCAUUGCACUAGAUCCGCCGCAGAUCACGAACUCCAUCAUUACAAAGUCCAUCGCGUCGAUACGAAAACAAAAUGCACAGCCGCUACCGACCUUCCGAAACCUCGAGAAGAUCAACCAGCCGCCAAAGAACGCUGACCAUGCGUGGGAGUACAUAAAAUCGUGA